CCUCGCGGCGCUCCGUAUGACGCGUGCUGCAGAGAGCGUGAAGCGCGUCAGGAGCGUGUUCGUAAGCCGCGGUCUCUUCAUCUCUGUUUCAGAGCGAGCGGCAGCAGAGAGAAGGUUUGAUAGAGAGCAGUCAUGUCCGAGACGCGCAAGAGGAGCAGGAAGCGCUUCGGCGGAUACGCGCACAAGAAACAGAGGGGCGCGCGCGAGCUGGAGGUGGGCGCGCAGGGCGUGCUUGUCACCUGCAACAUGAACGAGCGCAAGUGCACGAGCGAAGCGUUCAGUCUGCUCAGCGAGUACGCGGACGCGCUCUACGGCCCCGAGCAGCCGGCAGAUACACAGGACAGUCUCAGUGAGGAGGAGGAGGAGGAAGAUGCAGAGGCCGCUCUGAAGAAGGAAGUGUCUCAGAUAAAGGCGUCUAUAAAAACACACCAGCAGAGGUUCUGUGCGGUGGAGAGCGGAGCGAACAAUGUGUUGUUCAUCCGGACGCAUGGAGUCGACCCCGAGAGACUGGUGCAUCACAUCCUGUCGGACCUCUAUCAGACGAAGAAGAGGAAGUCUCGUACGAUCCUGCGCAUGCUGCCGGUGAGUGGCACAUGUAAGGCGUUUUCUGAAGACAUGGAGAAGUUUCUGAGUGUGUUUCUGGAGCGCUGGUUCAGAGCGCCGCAGCGAGCCACGUUCCAGAUCUGCUUCAAAGCCAGGAACAGCAGCCACAACAAGAGAGAGGAGGUCAUCAAUGCUGUGGCUGGUCUGGUCGGGAAGCUGAAUCCUCUGAAUAAGGUGGAUCUGACCAACCCUGAGCUCUCCAUCAUCAUUGAGAUCAUCAGGACUGUCUGCUGCGUCAGCGUCCUCAAGGACUACACACGCUUCCGCAAGUACAACCUGCAGGAAGUGGCCAAAGAGCCCACCAAUCAGAGAACAGCACCGCAGGACGCAGCCAAUCAGAACACAACCCCACAGGAAGCAACCAACCAGACGCCAGAAGACCGGGACGCAGAGAAAGUGGACGGGACGGCAGAGAGCUGCAACAUCACCGCUGGCAACGGGACAAAAGGGGCGGAGCUCGAGUGAUGUCACAGAGCUCUGUUUUUAAAGUCGUUUCUACAGUUUGUGUGUUUAGUUUUUACUUCUGUAUUUUUUGUUAGUUGUACGGGACUUUUGUGUCAUUUUGGACACAUUUUCUCUGGAAAUCUAAUAAAAACCACUGAAAUCACA